GGGACAUGUUCCCGCUGACGACGAAUCCGACGUCAUGCUUUUUUCUGCUCAAACUGAAGAUUGGCUCACAUCCAUCCUCGAGGUUUAGAUGCCAGCAACACUCUCAUUGGCUACAUCAUUCGACUCGACCGCAACCGCAGAACCUCGGCCCUGCUUCUCCGCAUUGCAGUUGAUCCCCACGCGCCACACCACAUGCAAGCCAUGUAGCCUAUGUACAUAUAACAGCAACCUAAGCUCACAAGCCACCUGUAUUGACUCGUGCCCUGCACUUUCCCUACCAUACCGUCUCACAACCCGCCUUACACAAUGUCCCGCCGCCAGGUCUCCCCCCGACACAUGCCCGACAUCACACUGCCUAAGAGCUACGACGACCUCAACAGCACCUGGACGUGCAUCAGGACGACGCACCACAUUGCCGAGCCCAGCAUCAUCAUCCUGACCCUGUACCGCCCCGGCAAGCACAAUGCCUUCACCGACACGAUGCGCGCCGAGAUGGAGUCCGCGUAUGCCAUGUUCGACGCCGAUGCGCGCGUCAAGUGCAUUGUUGUGACGGGCGAUGGACGGAUUUUCUGCGCCGGCGCGGAUCUGGAUGUCGGCUUUGGGGAGGGGACGACGGGGGAGGGCGCCGAGAGGGUGCAGGAUCAUCGGGAUGGAGGUGGCAGGGUAACACUCUCCAUCUUCCAUUGCCGCAAGCCUACAAUCGGCGCGAUCCAAGGCUCCGCCGUUGGUGUCGGAAUCACAAUGACGCUCCCCAUGAACAUCCGGCUGUGUUACCGCGACGCCAAAAUCGGCUUUGUGUUCGCGCGCCGCGGGCUGGUCAUGGAAGCCUGCAGCUCUUUCUUCCUGCCCCGACUUAUUGGGCACUCGCGCGCCAUGCAGGCCAUCACCACGGGAAGCGUGUAUCUGGCCAAGGAUCGCGUAUUUGAUGGGCUUUUCAGUGAGUUGCUGGAUAGCCCGGAGCAAGUGUUGCCCCGAGCGCUGCAGGUUGCGGAAGAUGUGGCCAAGAACACGAGCGCGGUUAGUACGUAUCUGAUGAAGGAGUUGAUGUACCGCGACACGGGGAGUCCGGAGGGCCAGCAUUUGUUGGACUCGAGGGUCAUCUAUGAGCUGUUUGGGAGCCAUGACAACUCAGAGGGCGUCAAGAGUUUCUUGGAGAAGAGGCCGGCCAACUUCUCGGGCACGAUGGACAACACUAAUAUCACGGGGCACCCGUGGUGGAUGCCGAUCGACACGCUUGGUAGGGCGAAGGUGGAUCCGUCAGGGAAGCCGAAGAUGUAACAGUCAGGCCUGAGUCUGAGUGAGAAAAUGAUAACAAGGUUGCAAUUUACUGCGACGCGC